AUGUCAGAGAACGACGUACGUUAUGAUCGCCAACUUCGUCUUUGGGGUGAUGAGGGGCAAUCCUGUAUUGAGCAUGCUAGUAUUUGCAUUCUUGGCUCAUCAGCUCUCGCUACUGAAAUCGCAAAAAACCUUGUGCUUGCCGGCAUUAGAUAUAUUUAUAUUGUAGAUGAUGCUACUAUUACUGAACCUGACCUUGGAAAUAAUUUUUUUAUGGAACAGUGUGAUCUUGGGCAUAAUCGUGCGAAGGUGACACUUCGCCGUUUGAAGGAGUUGAACCCCAUGGUAAAAGGAGAUUUCGAUGCCAGGAGUUCUGAAGAUUUUAUUACUAAUGAUAUUUCCUCGUUAACAAAGUUUGGUGUUAUUAUCGGCGCUAAUCUCGUUGAGAAAACUGCGCUGGAAGUUAGCAAAUAUCUCUUUGAGAGAAAUAUUCCGUUUGUUAAUGCAAAAAUCCUGGGUUUUGUGGGCUACAUACGAAUCUGUAUAAAAGAGCACACCGUAAUCAACUCACAUGAAGAGAAUGAGCCAUUGGAUCUGAGGUUGGAUAGGCCUUUCCAAGCUCUUUCUGCAAUGAUUGGUGCCGUAGACUUGGAUUCUAUGACAUAUGAAACCCACGCUCACACUCCAUAUUUGCUUCUGUAUUUCAAAGCACUUGAAAUUUGGAAGAAGCUCUAUGGGGGUCAAGAUGAGUUGGCAUUUCCAGAUUCCUACGAAAAACGUAAAGAGUUUACAAAGAUUUUCUCAGAUUUGAGAGUACCACAUCCUGCAAACGGUUCAAUGGAUGAAGAAAAUUUUAUUGAAGGGAAAGCAGCUAUUGUGAGAUGCCUUCGAAGGACUACGAUACCAAAAGAAGUUCAAGAAAUACUGAAGAACGAGAAAGCAGAAAAGCCGGAUUUAAAUGUCUUUUGGAUACUCGUAGCGGCGCUGAAACGCUUUGUGAUGAAGAACAAUGCUUUACCUAUUAGUGGACGGAUUCCUGACAUGAUAAGUGAUUCUGUUCGGUACACCUCAUUGGCAAAGAUAUAUCGAGAAAAGGCUCUUAAAGAUGCCAAUGAAGUCUAUAACAGCGUGCUUUCGAUUAUAACAGAACGAAAGCUUCCGAAAGACUUUAUCCAGCUUGAUGAAUGCAAGUCUUUUUGUAAAAAUGCAGUUUUUCUUCGAGUGCAGCACGGGACUAGUAUUGAGCAGGAAUUAAACUCGCACCUUGGGGAUAUCUUUGCCGCAAUAAGAGAGGCUGAAAUAAAGCCAAAUCCUGUUACAUCACGUCUUGUUAUUCCACCGUCUGUUUGGUAUUUGUUAAUGAGGGCGGUAGAUAGGUUUUAUAUUGAGAAGUGGCGAUAUCCAGGCUGCAACGGUGUUCCUUGCACUAUUGAUUCCCAUGAUUUAAAGCUCAGAGUUGCCAGUUUAAUUCAGGAUAGUGAGGUACUUGAUGCAAGUGAUCUGUUGUCAAAAAUUCCAAAAGAGGCUAUUGACGAAAUAUGUCGUUACGGAAAUUCUGAACUUCACGUUAUAGCUUCCCUUAUUGGGGGAAUUGCUGCCCAAGAAGUGAUAAAACUGGCUACUCAUCAAUAUAUUCCACUUGAGAAUUGCUUUGUUUUCGACGGUCAUACUCAGCAGAGUGCUACCUUUAGAUUGUGA